GAGAGAGAGAGAGAGAGACUUAAAAGAAAUAGGAGGGGCUUGCGAGAGACUAGAAAUGUCAAUCAGAACCCAGAGUCCCAAUAAUCUCAGGCAAUCUGUUAGGACCUGACCUGAGUCCACUCAGAUCAAUAGGAAAAGUGAGAGAAGAAAGAAGCGAUCGGAUCGUGUACAGCAGCGGCCGGAGAGCUAGAGGAGGAAACUCACGGCCUCUCCAACACCCCUCUCUCCCCCUCCCCUCCCCUCCCCACCCAUGUCUGCAAGAGUUUGCGGGAGGCACUGAAAAGUGCAGACAGCCAGCAAGGGCGAGCGAGCCAGCUCCCUCCUCUUCUACAAGCCCUUCUACUUUCUCUCCUUUCUCUCCUUUUUUUCUCCCCCCUCCUCCUCCUUUCCCCCCCUCCCCUACCCCCUCUGCCCACCAUGUCUUUCCCCCAGCUGGGCUACCAGUAUAUCAGGCCGAUUUACCCCUCUGAGCGCCAGGGGAGCGGCAGCGCUCGAAGCGGGACAGAGCUCACCCCGUCCGGUACUCUCUCCAAUGUUUUAUCCUCCAUGUACGGAGCGCCUUACGCCGCCGCCGCGGCAGCUCAAGGAUAUGGUGCUUUCCUGCCCUACACCGCCGAGCUCCCCAUCUUCCCGCAGCUGGGUGCCCAGUACGAGCUGAAGGACAGCCCCGGCGUCCAGCACCCGGCCUUCCCUCACCACCACCCCGCUUUCUACCCCUAUGGGCAGUACCAGUUCGGGGACCCGUCCCGGCCCAAGAACGCCACCCGGGAGAGCACCAGCACCCUCAAGGCCUGGCUGAACGAGCACCGCAAGAACCCCUACCCCACCAAGGGCGAGAAGAUCAUGCUGGCCAUCAUCACCAAAAUGACCCUCACCCAGGUCUCCACCUGGUUCGCCAACGCCCGGCGGCGGCUCAAAAAGGAGAAUAAAAUGACCUGGGCGCCCCGCAGCCGGACGGACGAGGAGGGCAACUCCUACGGGAGCGACCACGAGGGGGAAGAGGACAAGCGGGAGGACGAGGAGGAGAUCGACCUGGAGAACAUCGACACGGAGCACAUGGAGAGCCACAAGGACGAGCUGGAGGAGGACCCCGACCUGCUGCACUCCGACUCCAAGACGGACUCGGAAGGCUCCGAGGGCUUCGAGGACUUGCCCGGCUCCGAGGAGCGUUUCCUCAAGGCCAUGGAGGGGGAGCGCCCCCACCCGCCCGCCGGGGGGCUGGAGCCCCUCAAGCUGCCCCACCAGCAGCACCGCCUCUCCCCGCCUGCCCCGGCCUCGCCCCCGACGGAGGGCAGCUUAGCCAGCGCGGGGCAGAAGCCCAAGAUCUGGUCCCUGGCUGAGACGGCCACCAGCCCGGACAACCCCCGCAAGUCCCCCGGGGGCGGCAGCGGCUGCUCCCCCCCAGCGGCGGCCCCCCAGAGCUUGCCGCUGGCUCCGCCUCCGCCCCACAGACUCGUCUCCUCCUGUCCGCUGGGCAAGUUUCCCAACUGGACCAGCCGGGCUUUCUCGGCCCACCACCACCAUCCGCACCCGCUCACCUUACUGAACACUCCCCACCUGCUGGGACUCGGGGCCACCCCCGGCGCAGCUUCCAGUGCUGCAGCCAUCGCUGCCUUCUCCAGACCCGCCGACCAGGCUCAGAGCACGGACUCCGCUGGAACAGAUCGAUCUAGUGCCUUGGAAGUAGAGAAAAAGUUAAUAAAGACAGCUUUCCAGCCAGUUCAGAGGCGGCCCCAGAACCAACUUGAUGCAGCUAUGGUUCUAUCAGCGUUGUCAUCAUCAUAGUUAAUUUUUAUUAUUAUUAAUAUUGUAAUGAUUGUGUAAAAAAAACAAAAACAACAACAAAAAACUCUGUAUAGUUACAACUUGUAAGCAUGUCCGUAUAUUAAAAUUUAAAAAAAAAAAAAAAAAAAAAGGAGAGAGAAAGAAAGAAAAGAAACCGCUUCUGUACUAUCAUCUGGAUUAGCUGAGUUCGUGAGGUUUUUUUGGAAGUCCAGUGAGAAUUAGGUGUCUCGAUUUUUUUUUGUAUAUACAGUAAAAAUGUACAUAUGUGUGAACCAAAUUGUACAAGAAAGUAUAUAUUUUGGCUAAUAAAUAAACUGUUGCCACUUUGACUACA